AUGGAUGCUGCUUUUCAGAGGAAGAAUGCUGAAACUGGACUGCAGCAGUCAAUAUACAUUGAGGAAAAGUCUACCAUUGGUGAUGAAGUGACUCUCAUUUUCUCGUUAAAGGAAGAAGUUGGUGCUUUGGCCAAAGCCUUGAGACUGUUUGAGGAAAAGGGUGUGAAUCUCACUCACAUUGAAUCCAGGCCUUCCCGCAUCAAAAAGGGACAGUACGAGUUCUUCAUCGACCUGGACUGUAAAGAUAUCACUAGCCUUGAGGAGAUCCUUGACAGCUUGCAACAAGAAAUCAGUGGCACUAUUCAUGAAUUAUCACGGGACAAGAAAAAGGACACAGUACCAUGGUUUCCUCGGACAAUUCAAGAUUUGGACAGAUUUGCCAACCAGAUCCUAUCCUAUGGGUCAGAACUUGAUGCUGAUCAUCCUGGUUUUACAGAUGCUGUGUAUCGAGCUCGUAGGAAGGAGUUUGCAGACAUUGCGUAUAAUUAUCGACAUGGCAAUGUGAUUCCCAGAGUGGAGUACACAGAGGAUGAGAUAAGAACCUGGAGUAUUGUCUAUCGAGAGCUGAAGACCCUCUACCCCACUCAUGCAUGUCGUGAACAUAAUCGUGUCUUUCCACUGCUGGAACAGUACUGUGGCUAUCGGGAGGAUAAUAUUCCCCAACUUGAGGAUGUCUCCAAGUUCUUACAGUCUUGCACAGGCUUCCGUCUGCGCCCAGUGGCUGGCCUCUUGUCUUCCCGGGAUUUCCUGGCAGGUCUGGCAUUCCGUGUCUUUCAUUCUACACAGUACAUCCGACACGGAUUGAGACCGAUGUACACGCCAGAACCGGACGUGUGUCAUGAAUUGCUGGGGCAUGUGCCCCUCUUUGCUGAUCCAAAAUUUGCCCAAUUUUCACAGGAAAUAGGACUUGCAUCUCUGGGUGCUCCAGAUGAAUAUGUUGAGAAGCUUGCUACGGUUUAUUGGUUCACAGUGGAGUUCGGUCUCUGUAAGCAGAAUAGCGAGAUUAAGGCAUAUGGCGCAGGGCUACUGUCAUCCUUUGGAGAGCUGCAGUAUUGUCUAACAAAUGAACCAGAACUGCGUCCCUUUGACCCAGUAAAGACAGUUGAUCAGAAAUAUCCAAUCACUAAAUUCCAACCAAUCUACUUUGUUGCUGAAUCGUUCGAAGAUGCAAAGGAGAAAGUGAGGAAAUUUGCUGAAACAAUCCCUCGACCCUUCUCUGUCCGUUAUAACUCUUACACCCAAACUAUUGAAGUUCUGGACAACAUUGAACAGCUAAAGAACCUGGUUGACAACAUCAGCAGUGAAAUGGGAACUCUCUACCAUGCUCUCAGGAAACUUCAGUGAAAAUGGCAAAUCAUAAUUACUUCCUGU